GUGUUAAUUUCCAAUUUAAAAAGAAAAUUAUUCUUAAGUUAUUGGUUUCACGAUGGCAAAACCGGGCGAGCGAGCAUUGCAGGCUAUUAAGGAACAGAGCAAAGCUGUAGCCGUAUUCAAAACACCGAUCGUUCCAAAGGCUAAAGCGAAAGAUAAAAUCAUCCUCACGGAGGAGGAAUAUCUGCAGGAAAUGGGUAAGAUCAUACAGCGUGACUUUUUCCCAGAUUUACAAAAGUUAAAGGCACAAAACGAGUAUUUGGAUGCAUUGGCCUGCAAUGAUGUUUGCAAAAUGAGACAGAUCUUUUCAAAAUACAGCUCUAAAAGACCAAAUUCUUCACGGGCAGCCAGUCCCGCAACGUUCGAAACACCCUUACCGAAUGCAACGCCAGCCAGCGAAGUUCCACCCUCGAUCCGGUCCACUUCCAGCGUGGGAUCAAACAAAUCGACCAAAACACUCGGUGAUAAGCACUCUCUAGACAGCUUUCUCCAGUCCUACACAAGCGAAGAUAACGAUAGCUUUCAGGAGAUUAUCGAAUCGGCCGACCGGAAGUUGCGCCAAAAGUUUGCCGUGCUCUACCAUGCCGAGGGUACAUCCGCCAUUGAAAUGGGCCAAGCGUUGGCACUGCCCAGCAUAGAACAACAGUUUAAUCAACAGGAGCGCCCGAAACAGCUCGACAUGUGGCGGUAUACGAACAAAAACUAUAUCAUGUACACGCCGGACGGUGUCGAGCUGACGAAGGAAGAGCAGCUCGAAAUGGCCAAACGAAAGCAGGAAAUCAAUCACGGCAGCACCCGCCUUCACUACAAUCCCUUCAACGAACAGAACAGCCGGCAAGCGAUAGUGGAAGCGGCCAAAACGCAGGCCAAACAUUUGCCCGAAAAGAUCGGUGUCGAUGGCCGGGUGGUGGAUCAGUCCGCUGGCGAUACGCCACAGGUGCGUGGUUUUGGGUUCGUAAAGAGUCCUUCACCUUGCCCGGGUGUAGCGGACAGUCCAUUGUUUACGUGGGGUGAAAUUGAAGGCACUCCGUUUCGGCUGGAUGGUGGGGACACACCGUUACACCCGUCGGCUGGCGGUCCCUCGUUCCGCAUCGUGGAAACAUCGAAGCGGGAAAAUUUGGCGCUUCAGCUAGCGGAAAAGGCUGCUGAAAAAUCACGCGAAAAGAAAGCGAAAGCGAUCGAAGCGGCUCGACGGAAUAUUGCAUCACCGUCGGUGCGCAGUUCGUUCGAUCGGCUUGCCAGCAUGUCACCGGCUGCCCGACGGUUGGCUACCAAUAAGCUAGGAUUUCUGAGCACACCCAGCCCGCUCGUAUCACCGGCACCCGGAUCGAGUGGAUUGAAAACCCCCAUAAUGAGACCGACGAGUGGACGGAGCGGUGCCAGCAGUAGUAGCAAGACAAAGCAUCGGCAUGUGACACCAUCACCGAGAGCGAUUGUGCGACGAAAGACACCGCUCGUUGGAGCAAGUGUAGGGGCUUCAAAGGGCGACUCGACGGAUUUGACAGACGAUCUGCUAGAUAUACCUACCGGUGGCAGGCGCCCCAAAGCAGCUGAUUUCUUUUGA